UGGAAACCAGAAAACCAAUCUGGCAACACUGCGUACAGUAAACAGUUGUGGUGCGCUCUGUCGCGGCACGGCCUUCAGUGCAGACGUCGCGCGUGCCGCAUGUGCGCGCCCGUUAGUUUGGAUACGUGUUUGGGUGCAUAGGACACCAGCGAGACUUGAAGGAAAACACACCUGCUCUCUCUUUUCGAGGGCAUGAUGAGAGAGAGGGGAGGAGGACCAUAGCGAGCAUAACGAUGAGCGAAUGUGCAGCGUAGGGAUUUUUAGUCAGGAAAAAAACAGCAAUGGAGAACCAAGCGGCCACGGAGCCGCGAUUCUAUGAGGACGUCCGCAAGAGCGGUUACCUGCGCAAGCCGAAAUCCGCGCACCGGCGUUUCUUCGUGCUCCGCGCGCCUUCUGACCACGGCCCUGCCCGCCUCGAGUACUAUGAGAGCGAAAAGAAAUUCCGGAGCAAGUCGCCGGUGCCCAAGAAGGUUGUCGACCUGGAUUCGUGCUUUAACAUCAACAAGCGAGCCGACUCCAAAAACAAGCACAUGAUAGUGCUGCACACUCGCGGAGAGAGCUUCGCAGUGGCCGCGGACACUGAGGAGCUGCAGAACGAGUGGUAUCAGGCCAUACUUGACCUGCAAAGCAGAAGUAAGACCCCAGAUGACUAUGGCAGUGGAGGAGAAUGUGGACUGCUAUCACCUGGCCCUUCUUUUAAGGAAGUAUGGCAGGUGAAGUUAUGGCCCAAAGGCCUAGGGCAAGCAAGGAACCUGAUUGGCAUCUACAGACUCUGCCUUACUGAUAAUACGGUCAACUUUGUCAAGCUCAACUCAGAUGCACCAGCUGUAGUGCUCCAACUGAUGAAUGUGCGCCGCUGUGGACAUUCAGAGAACUUUUUCUUUAUUGAAGUAGGCCGUUCAGCCAUGACCGGACCUGGAGAGUUUUGGAUGCAAGUGGAAGAUUCUGUAGUUGCACAGAACAUGCAUGAGACUCUUCUAGAGGCAAUGAAAGCCUUGAGUGAAGAAUUCCGUCAACGGAGCAAAACCCAGGCAGUAGGGACUUCCUGUGGAGGUGGCACAGCCUCUAAUCCUAUAAGUGUGCCGUCACGACGACACCAUCCAAAUUUACCACCUUCCCAGGUAGGCUUCUCUAGACGGGCUAGGACAGAGACUCCUGGUGUGCCACACAGCACCAACACAUCUCCAACAUCUCGGCAAGGAUUCUCCAGGUCACGCACAGCCAGUAUUGGUGCACGGACAGAGGAUUGCAGUGGAAGAAUGACUGCUCUCAGCACCAGUCCAAGCCUCAAUGGCUCCUCUUGUUCCACCACCCCUACCCUACGGCCUAAACCCACUAGAGCACCUACCCCAGCCAAGAUCACACUUAGUUUGGCACCAUAUACCCCCAAGAACCCAGCACCUUCCCCAGCACCUAGUCUCUCCUCAAGCUCUGGCCAUGGAUCAGAGUGUGGACUGAGUGGCGCUCCAUUAGGUACAGUGCCUAUCUGUACCUAUGCUCGGAUCCCACAGAGAGUGUCCAUGUCAGGCUCUCCUAGUGACUAUGGCUCCUCUGAUGAGUAUGGAUCUAGCCCUGGUGAGCACUCACUUCUUGCUGCUGGUCUCUCUACUGCUUUAGUAGAUGGUUCUACUGGCUGUGUAUUAGUGGGGCACAGAGACACCUCUCACAAGAGAGUACAUGGGCGCAGGAUACUUCGACACUCCUCUAGCAGAGAGCAUGAAGCUGAGCGUAGGUUACUUAGCAAGCGCACUUCUCUUCCACCUUCAACUGCUCAGGAGCACAUAGUGCCUCAUUGCAGGGAAGAAGAUGAUGAAGAAGAUGAAGACUAUGAAGUGAUGUCUCGCAGCACCAGCAGAGAAUCCUUUACCUCUCGUCGAGGCUCAGGAUGCUCAGUAACUCCAAGUGGGCAGUUGGAAACCUCAGCAAAUAAAGGUGUAAAUACAAAGGAAGGUCUGGAGAACACAUCGAUUGACAGCGGCUACAUGUCUAUGCUACCAGGUGUUACAGCCCCUGCAAGUCUGUCUCUUUCAGUAUCUGAAACAGAACCAAAGGGAGGUGAUGAAUACAUGACUAUGACCCCCCACAGCAGUGUUUCACCCCCACAGAACAUCCGCCUUCCUGUCGCUGAGGGCUACAUGAUGAUGUCCCCCCAUAGCAGCUGUUCACCAGAUCUACAUGGCAUGAGUGGGUGUUUGUGGGGUAGCAGGAGCAGCAUGGAAAGUCGAGCAGGUAGUGACUACAUGAACAUGUCACCCAUUAGUGCCAGAUCAGCCUGCAGCACACCCCCUUCACACACAGAACAACAUCCACUACAGCCCAAAACAGUGUACUCCUACUUUUCCCUCCCAAGGUCUUAUAAACAUACCACCCUCUCUACUCGCUUUGAGGAUAAUCUGGGAGAUGCAAGGAGACCAGAGGCAAUUUCUAGGGGUGAAAGUGUUUCUGGAAGGAGGACAGGACGUGGUGGUUAUCCCAAUAGAGCUGACUCUUCUUCUGGCCCCAGUGGAGGUGGUAACCUUUCCCUGUCCUCCUCCUCAUUCUCUUCCAGUUCAGCAAGCACUGAGAGCUUGGAGGACAAACCUCUAUCCCUGCCUUCAGGUGGAAUUGGGAAGGCCACCAGGUCAAGCACAGGACACAGGGUAGGGGGUGUUCACCCCAAAGAUUCAGCCCACCAUUUUCACCAGCAGAGACGAGGAGCAGGUGUCCAGAAACAGGGUCAUCCACAGCAACGAAAAGGCAGGCCCUUUAGUCUCUGUGUGGACAUGUCCAAAGCCAACACCCUACCUAGAGUUAAAGAGACUAUACAGCCAUUGGUACCCCAAAGCUCUGGUGAUUAUGUUAGCAUUGUUUAUCAGGGUGAGCAGACAAUGUGCAAAAAAGGGGUAACAGGUGUAGAUCAGGGGAGCACUGUGGUACAAGGGCAUUCAAGAGCUUUAUACCAACCAUCUUCAUGCCAAGUUGGUGGCACCAAUCUGCCCCGCAGUUUCUCAGCACCCCUCACCACUACAAUCUCUGUGUCCUCAGAGUAUGUUAACAUGGAUUUGGGCCAUUCUUCAUCUCCUCUGUCCUGCACAUCACUCUCUUCUUUUAAUCCAAAUGCAGCAAUAGCUCCAAAAGCAAGAGAGAAUAUUGCAAGGGCUCCUCAAGUGGCACAAGAAGCUGAAAAGGGACAUAGAAAGAAUGUUUUGUCCACCUUGCCUUCUGGAGACAUGACAGGUACCCCUUUUGCAGACUACACAGAAAUGGCAUUUGGAUUGGCUAUAGUAGAAAACCCUUUACAUGGUCCUAAACCUGGGCAAACUGCUGAGCCCUCCUCUGUUGAGCAGGAUCAAAGCAUGAAUUUCCACUCACCCAAAGCAUUCCCCAACUUAGACCAAGGUGCCAGACUAGUCAGAGCAGAAUCAUCAGCAAGACGGAGGCACCAUUCAGACACCUUCAAGACACCUCCAGAACUCUCUCUUUCACCUUCUUCCUCCUCCUCUAUUUUCGGAGAAGCUCCACAGGCCACUAUACCUCGAUGCCAUGGGCUAGAGAGUACACUUUGGGCUACUGGGCAGCCAUCUGCUGCACAGUGCACAGGUCCUGGGCUGGCAGCUCUAUCUACAGCCCAGGCUUCAUCAUUGCCACUGGAACAAGGUCUAAACUACAUUGACCUUGACUUGGCUGGAAAGGACAAUGUACAGUUGAGCCUCGAUGGACCUUCUGGGCCACACUUCACCGUUCUGGGAGAAGGGUUAACAAUGGGAUUAGGUGGAACAGUAGCUGGGGGCAACAGCAACUCCAGCAUCAACACGUAUGCCAGCAUUGACUUUUUCAAGUCAGAGGAACUAAGAGUUCACCAAAAUACCAGGAAAGACAGCAAAGAGUGCUGAUCGUCCUGCUUGCUGAAGAGGAACAGUGUGUGUGUGUGUGUGUGUGCGCGUGUGUGCGUGUGUGUGCAUGUGUGUGUGACAGAGAGCGAACGUGUGGGUGUGUUGUUUGCAUCUCAGUGUGUGCGAGUCCUGAAGGUGUGGACGCUCACCCUGUAAGAUUUUGUUUCCAUCGGUUACAAUCGGAACAAAAUUUGCCAAAAGACUAUUGGUCAUACCCAACCAUGAACGCUAAGAUGGACACGUCCUUCAUCCAAUCGGGAAGGAUUAAAGCGACUCUGACUGCCAACCAGGAGCCAAUGCUAUUCCUUCUUUUUUUCCCCCCUUCAUUAUGAAAUUUUAAAAAUAAUUGUAAUACAGAUGCUACGUAGUCUAACGAUAGAUGAGAAUAUAUAGUCUACUCUACAUACUACUACUGAAAGAAGUAUAUAAGACCUUUUUUUUAAAAAAAAAAGAAGAGAAAAAAAAGUGCCUCAUUUUUGAUUGUAGCCAUUUUUUCACAGGUCCUAAUGUUCUCUGUGAGAGGAAAGAGCUUUCUGUUUAUCGUCUGUCAGUCUGUGUUUCCUUUUCCUGAAAUAGAGAGAGAGAGAGAGAGAGAGAGAGAGAGAGAGAGAGAGUAUAGAAAAAAGAAAUAGAGGAGAGUCAGAUCAAACGAGCAAGAGAGUGAGAUAUAGUUCCGAUAUUGUUUGUAUUAUCUGAUUGCCUUACUGUGUUUGUCAGGUGUGUGUGUGUGUGUGUGUGUGUGUGCAUUUGCAUCAUCUAUGCUGUGCCAUGCUGUGCCUCUAUACUCAACUCAACAAUGGUGAACCAUACAUGAACACACACUGACGUUAACACAUAUUCCACACACACACACACACACACACACACACACACACACACACACACACACACACACACACACACACACACACAACCAAGAACCAAGACCUCAAGCUGUCACAAACUGCAGUAUUAUUCAUAAGCACUGGUGAACACACAUACCUUUAUUCUCAAUAGUUGCUCUUCUGCUCCUCUGAGCAUGGAGGCAUCAGCUGACCAGCUCAGAUACCCUGAGUGACUGAAAAAGAGAUUUGUGUGUGUGAGUGUGUGUGUGUGUGUGUGUGUGUGUGUGUGUGUGCAAUUGCAGUCUCCAUUUAUAUUUAUUCAUAGUUUUAUAGCCAGGGUAAUUACGUUAUAUUAAACCGCGACAGCUUAGAUUUUAUCACUUUUACACCUCACAUGCAGAUACACUUGCGAGCAUCUACAUGCAGUUCUCAAAUGACACAUUCAAGUGCCUCCUCAAUUCAGUGACCGUUGAAGGAAAAACUCCACUCUGAAACACAAUUCAGUACAUUUGUAAUUAAUGAGAAAUCCAGCAUGGCAUCCGUGGAGAUGUUGCUGCGAAUAUCGGACUCAGAGUCCUAGGAUGCAAUGCAGCUAAAUAAGACAAAUCCUCCACUACAGGGCGGUCUUGUGGAACGACGAUCAUUAUGGCUUUGGUGGUCAUUUUAGUAUAUAAAGAUGAAACGAGAGCUAAAGCCCGCUACACCACUAGACGAAUACCAUUGUUGGGAAACUUAACGGAAAUGGACUAAUAUGACAAUUAAAUAAAUAUCGGCUUAUAUUAUUAGAAAAUAAAUAUGGAAUGCCGUUGAAGAUCACUAUAUUUAUUAUAAAGAAAAAUAUGCAAGUCAUUCAGGGUGGAGUUUACCUUUAAGAUAACACCAGUCUGACAAACACAAGCUACAGCAGAGAGAAUUAUACAAAAAAAAACAAAAAAAAACUUAACACUCCCAUCAGCUACAAACAGACGUCUGAAUACAGCAUUUUGUACACUCAACAGUAUGCAACAGCAGGACUGUGGUCUUACACGUAUUCUCCCAUACACUAUUUUAUACACAACUGUUUUUACGCACUCUGAUCCACUGCACAUUUCUGUUCUUUCGGCUACACUAAACGUGUUGUGAUGUUAAAUCUACAAGGCGAGGGUGAGGGUUUCCGCCAGAGGGGGUGAGGGCUUUAAAUGUGAACAGGGUCUUUUUACGAUAUAGAGAUAGCGGUGCCUCUCUAAAACACCACUAGCUCCACUUUUCCUGGAAAAUCUUUUCUAUCAUUGUCACAAAAUUUUCUUAACGAUUCUUUUUUUUUUCUUUUUCUUUUCGAUUUUAGAUAUUUAGACAAGGGAAGCUCGUCUUUCGACCUACUAAAUUUCGACUGCCUUUAGACUUUUCUAAUCUGUUUCAGUUUCGAUGAAAUGCUAGCUGUGAUGUCAGUGCCAAGAUUCUAUGUAGUAUUCCUGCAUCAAACAAGCCAAACAUCUCUGCUUUAAUGUUUUUUAUAGAAUUUCUGGCAGUACAUGAUCAAUUUAAUCCAAGUGGGAAAAAAAAAAAACUUGCAUCAUUCAUAAAGUGUUACAGGUGGAGCUACACGAGGUUUCACCUUCAAGGUUGUGAGUUUGGAUCCCGUAAUUGACCCUUACAGAAAAAUCACAUGAAUUGAUUGUGAAGAGAUUGAUCAAAUAAUUCACAUUUUUAAAAUGUUUACAUGCGAUUUGUGAUUUUUCACUUAAACUUCAUUUGUUUUUAAUAUGAUUCAUUUAUUCUCAAGAAUUCUUCCAAUUCUGAGAAAUGGUUUAAAUUUUCAGACACCAUUUUCUCCCAUGUAUAAUUUUUUGUGUGAUCAUGUGAUCACAUAUUGUUCACAUGCUUAUCUGAGUUUGUGUGAUUUUUCUGUAAGGAGCCCAAGGGAACUCUUUAACUAAAAAAAAAACAAACAAAAAAAAAACAAACAAACAAAAAAAAAACCUCAAUUCUUGGAUUAUACGUAAUAGUUUGCCAAAUAAAUAUAUGUACUGUAAUGAGUCUGAUACAAGGUUAUGUUGAUUACAAAUGCCAAAUAUUAAUGACAUUUAAAUGGUUAUACAUUUUAUACAAGAAAGACCCUCUGUGUCGUGCAGUUUACUUAACAUCUCUGAAAUGUAAAGUACCUUCUUCCUUCUACCGCAGAUUAGCAACUGGGCCAGGUGGUGCUGCUACAUGUACACAUGGGGUCAUGUCUUAAAGACCUCCUUUGACCCGUUUAAGAGUUUUUUCCCCCCUAUACAUAAGCCUGCUUAAAUCCAUCACAAGAUCUGGCUGGUGAAACAAACAGAGCAUCUCAACGAGUGUGUAUGUGAUGUUGUGUGUGUGGUUGUGUGAGACCACGUCUGUCUUUCUUGUUCUCUUAGCUCCUGCGCUGAUGUGUGCGUGACCACUGUCUGAUUUGUUUAAUCUCUCUUUUAUUGCCUUAUUGUCUGUAUUAGCUCUUACACAAACCAUGGCAGCUGUAUUAAAAAAAAAAGAAAAAAAGAAAAAGAAAA